AAUCUAAAAUGAUAAACCCCAAUAUCUUUCAUCAUGCAUUUGUUUUGUUUUGUUGAUGCAGUAUCGGGACAAUGCUGGCAGGCUGCAACCUACUCUGAGAGUGUAGUGUCUCCAGAGCUGAGGAGCAGCAGUAUUUUGCGGGUUCCGGAUGCUUCAUCUCUGGCCCAGUGUGCAGGGGCCUGCUGCGAUCUCUCGGGCUGUGACCUGGCCUGGUUUUUUGAACAUCGCUGCUAUGUCCUUAGUUGUCAGCACAAAGAGAACUGCCAGCCGAAGAAGAGACCUGGUACUGACUCUCUCCUGGCAUUUCUGCAGCGUGGGCCCCCGCAGACACUAGUUCUGCAAUCCCUGGUUCGAGGAGAGUCUUUCCCAAACCACUGGCAGCCCCUGCCCAGGCACAGAGGCUCGGAGGACCCCAUGAAGGACCUUGCCUUGUUAGAAGGCAUUCAGGAUUUGGACAACACUGACGCUGAGUAUGCUGAGAGUUUCCGAAGUUUGGAGGACAAAAGAGCUGAAGACAGAGAUGCUGCAACAGUAGAACAAGAAGAGCGGCCUGGACUGUAUGAUUGGCCAGUUGUUCAAGGAAAAGAAGAAUUCAACCAAUCAGAGAUAGAGGGAGUUGGUGAAAGACUGACAACAGUGCAGGGCCCUCUCGAAAGCCGCCCCUUUCCUCCAAGUCAUUUCCCAGAAAUGAGGAAUGAAAGCAAAUCAUCUCUUAUUGAAGCGGAUUCUGAUGUUAAGCCCUCAUUAAUGACAACACUUAACACAAGAGUUGAAGAAGACCCACAGAACAUUUCAUCUGCAGCUGCUGCUGCGCCUAACGUCCUGCAAGACGUCAGCACAGAGCCAUCGGGGUUCAGCACAGUCAGUGGUUCCUCCACUACUCAACCAAGCACUGAGGCCACACCGCGAAUGAUCUCAGAAGAGCCAGUAAUAGCGCUGACUGUGUCCAUUAGUGGCCCUGUGGAAGCAACACUGCCUCAAAAUACUGUUGAACUAACUGCUUCUGUAAAUCACGAUGACACUGCAGAAGCUCCUUAUUCGUAUGAGUGGACUUUGGUAACCUCACCGGAUGGACAUCAUGGAGUAAUGGAGGGGUGGCACAACAAGUCUGUCAAAAUUUCAGAACUUUCAGUGGGUGUUUAUACCAUCAGAGUGAGUGUGAAAGCACAACGAGCGUAUGGAGAAAGUGCUGUGAACCUCACAGUACGCUCUGCAGUGUAUAUAAACAAGCCUCCGAAAGCCGUCACUCUGCCCACGAGCCAAGAUGUGAUUCUUCAAGAAGGUUCCAUCUUCAUCAUUAAUGGCAGUCAAAGUGUGGAUGAUGUUGGAAUAGUCAGCUACCUGUGGGAGAAGGUGGAUGGCCCUUUUUGGAAACCUGCAGGCCCUGUUGAUACAACUCUACUGCAGCUACAAAAUCUUUCACCAGGAGAAUACACCUUCAAGCUGACAGUGACUGAUUCUGAUGGGCUGACUGACUCCAGCACUGCCACAGUAAGGGUCAGCAUACCAAAAGAUGACCCUCCUCAGGCCAGAGCAGGCACUGACCAGGUCAUCACCCUGCCCGUCAGCCUCCUCACCUUGUGGGGUAACCACAGCACGGAUGACCACGCCAUUAUGAGCUACCUCUGGACUCUCCAUCCCAGCAGCCUGACCCAAAAGAUCACUAUGCAGGAUGUGAGAUCACCAUUCCUGCAGCUCUCUGAUCUCCAGGAGGGUCGGUACACGUUUCAGCUGACAGUCACUGACUCCAGAGGUCAACAGGAUUCAGACACCGUCUCUGUCACAGUGCUGCCUAUAGCCAACAAAGCACCAGUCGCUAUAACAGGACCAGACAGGCAGCUUCUCCUCCCUGUCAGCAGUAUCACACUGAAUGGCAGUGACAGCACUGAUGAUCAGGCGCUCAUCAGCUACCAAUGGGACUUGAUCAGUGGCCCUCCAGGCUUGAAGAUAACAGACGCCAAUAAAGCAGUUGCCAUAGCCACUGGCCUGCGAUCUGGGAAUUACAAGUUCAGGCUGACUGUGACAGAUCAGCAGGGAGAAACAGACAGUUCAGUCCUGACCGUCACCAUUAAAGAAGCAAAAAGCUUGCCACUGGUUGCCCAUGCCAGCGGCAGCCACACACUCACUCUACCCAACAACUCUCUGGUGCUCAGGGGCUCCGUAUCCAACACUGGAACAGCAAAUGUAUCUUUUCUUUGGGUCAGAGAUGAACAGAGCCCUGCUGCCGGGGAUGUGUUAUAUGGUUCAGAUCAUGAGGCCUUCCUUUACCUCGCCAACCUGGUAGAAGGAACAUACCUGUUCCAGCUCCGGGUCAUGGAUAUCCAGGGCCGCUCAAGCAUGGCUACAGCUACUGUGGAAGUACGCCCUGAUCCACGCGAGCGAGAGGAGGUGGAGCUUGAGCUGCAGGUGGGCGUGGCUCAGGUCAGUCAGCAGCAGAAGGAGACAGUGGUGAGACAGCUGGCCGCAUUACUACACGUCCUGGACUCAGACAUUGCACUGAAGGGCCUGCAUGGCCAGUCAGACAUCAGCACAGUAUUUAGGUUUUCAGUGCAGGGUCCUGAUGGUACAUUUCCGGGGCCUAAGCUUGCUCGUCUGCUGAGAAACCAGCUAUUGCGAGAGAAAAGUGACUUCUUGCUCUUUAAGGUCUUAAGAGUGGACACAGUUAUGUGUUUGCUGCUGUGUUCUGGACGUGGUCAGUGUGAUCCCAUAACAAAGAGCUGUUCCUGUGACCCUCUUUGGAUGGAAAACCCCAUUCGCCGCUUUCUUGAUGAUGGCGAGAGCAAUUGUGACUGGAGCGUGUUGUAUGUCACUAUCUCUUGUUUCGUGACCAUCAUUUUCCUCUUGUCCAUCAGCUGGAUUUGUGUCUGCUGCUGUAAAAGAGGGAGACGCACUAAAGUGAGGAAGAAAACCAAGUACACAAUACUAGACAACAUGGAUGAGCAAGAGAGGAUGGAGCUUCAGCCAAAGUACAACAUUAAACACAGGAGCACAGAGCACAACUCCAGCCUGAUGAUGUCCGAAUCAGAGCUGGACAGUGAGCAGGACAACCUUUUCAACUAUGGGAAAGCUCGGAACAGAGCCAAUGGAGCGCUCAGAAAUGGAGACACUCUCAGCCUUUGUCCUGUGGAGGGUUGAGUCUCACAUGGACACUUCAUAUGAAUAUUUACAACGUAAGGGUGUUGUUGGAUGUUCCACAAAUACAGAUGCAGACAAGGAAUGGGCUUUUAAACUACUGACUACUGAAUGCAUUUGGUCCUGUAAUGAAUAUUCACCGGUUAGCAU